UAACGUAACACGGCUAAUUUAAAGAGGUUUGAAGCUAAAGAAGAGCAUGACAUUUCGUACUACGUUGUGUCACUUUCAAGGCCCUUUUUUUGCUGAUGAAUAUAUAAGUCCAAACUUGUCUUUUCCAACUAAUUCUUCUCUUCUUUGGCGUUUUUAUUUUUUAUUUUUUUCUCUUCGCUCUCUACUUCUUAUCUUUCACUUUUUUUUUCUUUUUCCACGCGUUUCGUGGGUCUUUUUUCAUCCUUCCUCAUCUUUUGUCUGGCACAAGCAAACUUUUCGAAAGAAUCACAAUUGUUGUUUGCGUGAAAGAAAAAACCGAUUUCAUAUCAAGCAACUUAUCUCUCUACUAUUUCAUUUUCUCUCCAUCUUUGUUAUCAUUUGUAGUCUUCUUUUGACAUUUGGUUUUUGAUUAAGCCGUCUAAACGAUUGACUGACCUAAGUUUCAUUACUCUUUUUUUUUUCUGUUGUAUUUCCGGUUCUUCUUUUCCCUUUUUCUUUUUCCCCUCCUCUCCAAAUCAGAUACAAGUUUUUAUUAUCAUGCCUGUGUCUA